AUGAAUCAUCAACAUUUUAAUAACGAACAAUUGCGUUUAAAAUUGAGAUUUUUGGAAAAUUUUACAAAUUCUCAAUCAUCCUCGUGUGGAAAAAAAAAGUUUGUGAACAGGACCUGGUACAGAUCUAAUUAUGUCGAAAUAAAUUCGGUUGGAAAUUCACCAACAACAUCAGCAGAAACAUCACCAGAAACAUCACCAGUUAACGAUCAAACAACUUUUAAUAAUUGGCUUCAAAAUAACAAUACAGAUAGCCAACAAUAUUGUCGUUCACCUGAUGAAUAUACGGAAGAUUUAACUUUAAAAUUUCAUCAAAUUGCUCCAAGAUAUAUUCAUCGUCCACAGCCAAUAUUGCCAACCAAUCAAACUGCUUUUAUUGAGAAAGGAAAUCGUCAUCCACGUGCUAUUCAUUCAAAUUGGCCUGUUAAUUCUCAAAAAAGCCUAAAAAAUACUGAAUUGUUGAAUGGUGAUCAUGUGGAACAUCCAAGGCCAUUAUUAAGUCGAAAACAGAACUUAAAAAAAAAAGCCUUGAAAGCUAAUCAUCAUGAUAAACAAGUGAUACACCAAGAGCAACGAGUAAUACAUAAAAAGAAACAAAUACUACACCAAGAGAUACAAAUAAUACACCAUGAACAAAAAAUAAUAAAUGAAGAGCAACAAGUAAUUAAGCAAGAGCAUCAUAAAGAAAAAAUAAUUGCACCACGUGGUAGACCAAUAUCAGGCUGUGAAUUUCCAGUUAUUGUUAGACCUGAUUUUACAAAAACAACUGAAUUUUCUACUAUUAUUGAUUCAAAAAAAGAUGUUCUUGAUGAUGAUUCUUUUGAAAGCUUGUUGUGUCGUCCAUGGGGUGUAACAGUCAACAAAGAUGGACAAAUUAUUGUUUGUGAUAGAACUAAUCAUCGUAUAAUAGUAUUUCUUGAAGAUGGAACUGUCUUUAAAAAGUUUGGUGAGCAUGGUAGUCUUCCAGGUCAAUUCAAGACACCAGCUGGUCUUGCUGUUGAUGUAAAUCAACGUUUAAUUAUUGUCGAUAAAGAAAAUCAUCGUGUUCAAAUAAUGACACUUGAUGGUGAUUUUAUAUUAACUUUUGGUGAACAAGGCUCAGGACCUGGACAAUUCCAUUAUCCAUGGGAUGUUGCUGUUAAUGAUAAUUGUGAAAUGGUCAUAUCAGAUACACGAAAUAAUCGUAUUCAAUUAUUUAAUUCAGAGGGUCUAUUUUUAAGAGAAUUUGGCUACGGUGGAACAAAAGAAACUCGUCUAUUCUUUGAUUUACCACGUGGUGUUGCAUUUAAUCGUGAUGGUAAUGUUGUUAUGACUGAUUUUAACAAUAACAAAAUUGUGGUUAUUAGUUAUGAUUUUUCAUCAGCUCAAGUACUUGAAAAUGAUGAAAUCACAUUUUUAAGACCACAAGGUAUUAUUGUUGAUGAUAGUGGUCAUAUUAUCGUCACGGAAUCACGAGGUAAUAAAAUACAAAUAUUGGAUCGAGAUGGUACACUUGUAUGGAAAUUUGAUACAUCAAUUGGUUCAGGUAGUGAUAAAAUAAAUUAUCCAACAGGCGUUGCACUUACACCAAGUGGUAAAAUUCUUUUUGCUGAUUGUAAUAACAAUCGUAUAUUAUUGAUAUAA